GACCGGAAAUGGCUCGACUCUUCUCUUCCUCCGCAGAGGGAAUUGGCGCACUAGCGGUGCGGUGUGACUUCUGUGUCAGGACUGCAGAGAACGUGUGGUGCUUGCGUUGGGGACACGCUGGAAGCACCGCGGCGGAGCCGAGAGGUGUCGCGAGCCCAGCCCUCGGCGGCCACGCCAUGCCGGGUUGGAGGCUGCUGGCGCGGGCUGGCGCUGAGGUGUUGGGCUGUCGAGUCUACGGCCUAGGUGCUACCCCGGGCUUAGGGAAUAGAACGAACAUCUGGCUUUUUGUUAGAAAUCUCCAUGGCAAGAGUGGUACUUGGUGGGAUGAACAUCUUUCUGAAGAGAAUGUCUCAUUUAUUAAGGAGUUGGUCUCUGAUGAAGAUAAAACCCAGUUAUCAAGUAAACUGAAUCCCCUGAAAGAUGAACCGUGGCCUCUACAUCCUUGGGAACCAGGCUCUUCUAGAGUUGGCCUUAUUGCUCUGAAACUGGGCAUGAUGCCAUUAUGGACCAAGGAUGGCCAAAAGCAUGCAGUCACGUUACUUCAGGUACAAGACUGCCAUGUCUUAAAAUACACUUCAAAGGAAAACCAUAAUGGGAAAACAGCAGCCCUAACUGUAGGUGGGAAAACUGUGUCACGCUUCCGUAAACCUGAAUCUAUAUUGGAAUUUUACCGAGAACUUGGAUUGCCACCAAAACAGACAAUUAAAAUCUUUCAUGUAACAGAUAAUGCUGUAAUUAAACCAGGCACUCCUCUUUAUGCUGCUCACUUUCGUCCAGGACAGUAUGUGGACAUCACAGCCAAAACGAUAGGUAAAGGUUUUCAGGGUGUCAUGAAAAGAUGGGGAUUUAAAGGCCAGCCUGCUUCUCACGGUCAAACAAAGACCCACAGGAGACCUGGAGCCAUUUCAACUGGUGAUGUUGCCAGAGUCUGGCCUGGAACUAAAAUGCCUGGACAAAUGGGGAACCAAAGUAGGACAGUGUAUGGACUGAAAGUAUGGAGAGUGAACACAAAGCACAACAUAAUCUAUGUGAAUGGCUCUGUACCCGGCCAUAAAAACUGCUUAGUAAAGGUCAAAGAUUCUAAGCUACCUGCGUAUAAGGAUCUCUGUAAAAGUCUGCCAUUCCCAACCUAUUUCCCUGAUGGAGAUGAAGAGGAACUUCCAGAAGAUUUGUAUGAUGAGAAUGUGUGGCAGCCUGGCACACCUUCUAUCACGUUUGCCUGAUGAAAGCAGCCCCUUCAACACAAGUCCACUGCCUUCAGAAGUACAGCCAGUCAUGCCGUGGAACCUGCUGCAGGAGGACAGAGCUGCACCCAGGUUACUGACUCUGGAUGCAUUUUCUGGACCUCCAGGAUGAUGAUAUGAAAGCCUUUAAAACAUGUUGCUCGUCAGAGUAUAAAACUGUCUGCCAACCUCUGGCAUUGUCUCUUAGUCCGCAUGGGAUGUCUACUUUGCUUUCUGUGGUGGAUUCCUUUCCUUUGGGAGGAUGUGUUAAGCUAAAAAAUGGCCAUUCUGACCUGUUUUGCUUAAAUAUCACCACUUUGGAAGUUGUUUGAAUUUACCUAGGAAAGGUAUCAGGAAAAAUGGAUGUGCCCAACUUACUGUGUUUUGAUAAAUACAUUUGUGGCAAAGCACUUUAGUGAGGAGGUGGGGCACGUUUUGGAUACCCGCUGUGCUGAACUGCUGAACCAGGAUAGCAUUUGGAGAUGGACAGAAGUAGGCUGUCGUGCUGGGAGGCCAGUGGGCAGGCACCUCCAGGAGCUUCGUAAGCAUACCUGGCAUUGCAGCUACCUGUUGCCAUGUGGGAAGAGUUCUGCACAUGAAAGAUUACUUGACUAAUGACAGAUUAAGUUUCUCCUGCUUUGGGGAGUUUUUUAUACAUUUGACUUUGAAGAAACAAAAGACAGUUCUUCAGUUUGUUUUGUGGUUGAUCUGCUAUAAGUUCUCUUUACUCGCUCGUACAUGACGGUCUCUGAAGCACACUGCACCAGGCAGAUGCCCACCCGCCAUUAAGACUCUUAACCUAGCCAGGUAUGGUGGCUCCCGCCUUUAACCUCAGCCUUCAGGAGGCAGAGGCAGGUGGAUACAUGAGUUUGAGGCCAGCCAUGACUACACAGAGAGAGCCUGGCUCAAAACAAGUGCUCUGCCCAUAGCCAUUGCCUGGGAGUUCUGAAAUAAGACUGUGUCCUUGUCGCUUCGGGAAGUAGUCCUGGGUGCAUGCUGUGGCCUUCAUUUCAUCAUUUGCUUUUCUGCUUCUCAACACUGAAGAACUUUUAGCAGUCCAUGUUGCAUGUUGUUUUUCAUUCUUUUUAGAUUAAUGAGGUGGUCUGUUAAGUUUGAGGGGCCAGAUCCAUCGUACUGAAUGAGCCCACAGCAAACAAAAGCAAAGAAAUGAUUUUUACUCAAAGGGCCAGAGUGUCUUCAACAUGGGAGGGGCAUAACUGCUGAAGCCUGUGAUGAGGACGGCAAGAGUGACGGCUGGUAAUCUUGAUUCUCAAGAAAAAGCAGGCUUUAUAUAAGCACAAAGUAUCUUUCAGGGCAUUUAGACAGUUGGCUCUUUUAAAGAAAAAGGGAAAGGCAUCCAUCAAGUUCUGAUGUACUGUAUCCUCUGUUUGGGGAGCUAACAGACUCCAUCACAAAAUCCUGGCAGAAAUGGAUGGCUGUGGUAAUGGGGCUCUGUCAGAAAUGAAGAGUAAUAAAUGGCCUUCGCAAGUGUCCAACAUGAUUUCCCUUCUCUAAUGUGGCGUCUUGUUUAAAUGGUGAAGCAAAGAUGCCAACAGCUGUGGACUGGCUCUGCCUGCUGGCUGCAGGACUAUUGAGUCACACGCUGUCCCUUACCCCGCCCUCAGGAAGUGUGACAGGUUGGGAAUUCAAGCUGAGGGAGGAGGCAAAGGAAAAAGCAAAUAGGGAAAAGAACUUUAGACUUCCCUUCCCACCAGUAAAAUUGGCAGCGUCUCCCUGCCUGCAUGACCCCAGGGAGCAUGCCCCUGUUGUAACAAGGUUGAGGUAAUGGUACAAAGCCCCUUUUAGACACCCCUCACCCCAGAGAGAAGCCUAAGGUUCCGUAACCCAGAGCCAUUGAGGUAGGCUGUUCAUGAAAAGAGGGAGAAGACACAGGAAGGACUCUGGGCACUGUCCUCCAAAAGACAAGUCUUACUUCACCUAGCUCAGUGGUGUUCCACUGUCUACAAGUUAAAACCUACAGGGCUUUUUAAACCCCCAUCGCAUAUUUCCAGAAUCUUAGUGGGAGGGGAGGGACCCAGACACUGGUUUUUAGAGCUCCCCAAGUGAUAAUGUACAACCAGAAGGUCCUGACCUGAAGCACCAUGCUACAUAGGCAGCUGUGCCAUUGGAGAACAGAGGCCACUAAGUGGGAGAUGCACUUAAGCAACUCAAGAUAGAGAAACCUUUAGAAAAAUUUAACAAAAUAAUGCUCAAAGUGAAUAGUCCUGUGUAUUUUAAGGUGUUUGAUGUUCAUGCAAGUACUCUCAGGAAAAUGUGUAACAUCUUGUAAAACUGCAAAUGUUAGUGUCAUCAACCACCCUGUGUUACAGGGGGAGAGGACUGGGAUUUGCUCGGGGGCUCAUUAAACAAGAGGUCUAUCUAUCCUGAAAUCAUGGUACCAGAGUUUCCUGUCUGUAUGACAGCCUGGAAUUGUGGUUUCUUUAAAGAAUGCAGUAAGAUACUGACAUACUUGGUUUCCUCUAUUAUGAACUGUAAUUUGAUCUCACAAAAUAUAGAGUUGCUUCUGAUUGCUUUAAAAAUGUAUACUGUAGUUCAGUAGCUCAAAUCCAUGAUAAAAAUCACAAGUGAAA